AUGGUGCUCCGUAAAGUGCCGUCUCUCUGUGUCACUCUGAGUGCUGUCGAACAACUCGAGGGGGUCAUCUCAGGCAGCGAGCGGGACCACAGAAGCAGCAGUGUUGUGGUUGCCAGGUCUGAGCACGAGAGCAGCUACGUUUUAAAACUCGACCUGGCGUGUUGUGAAGUCUCUCGCUGCAGCAAUUAUUCGACUCGUCCUGGACUCUGCUCUGACGGACGACUCGCAGCUGGUGGCCUCAUCGUCCCGGUCCAUCAGUCAUUAUAA